CUCCCUUUCUCCAACACUACUCCACCACAAGAACCAUUUCAUAUUCUCUCUCUCUCUCUCUCUCUGGAACUUGGGGAAAAUACACAAAAAAGUAAAGCAAGAAAAUGUCUUGGCAAACGUACGUUGAUGAACAUUUGAUGUGUGAUAUCGAGGGGCAUGCCGGCCUCCGCCUCUCCAGCGCUGCCAUCAUGGGACACGACGGCUCCAUCUGGGCUCAGAGCUCCGCCUUUCCUGCGCUGAAGCCAGAUGAGAUCACUGGAAUACAGACUGACUUCAACGAGCCCGGGCAUCUGGCGCCGACAGGCCUGUUCAUUGCUGGAACAAAAUACAUGGUCAUCCAAGGAGAACCCAAUGCUGUCAUUCGUGGAAAGAAGGGAUCUGGAGGGAUUACUAUAAAGAAGACAGGUCAAGCAAUGGUGUUUGGGCUGUAUGAGGAGCCAGUGACACCAGGACAAUGCAACAUGGUUGUUGAGAGGCUUGCUGAUUAUCUCAUCGACCAAGGCCUUUAGACUCAAUUCAUUUUUUUCUUUCUGAAAUUUUGCAUCUUUUUAGUUUAUGUUGUUGAUUUUUUAUGAUAUGUGCACGAGUUAGGCCGUGUCUUCUUCUACAUAUCUUCAUCUCUUCAAGAGAAUAAUAAAGAGAAGAAUAAAUUCUCUGUUUUUAAGUUGCUUACAAA